CUUCAUCAGUCGUACUGCAAAGUUCUCUGAAAAAGAUGAGUAAUGAUAUUGACAAUUAUAGAGAAGAACCUUCAGAGCAGGUUUCUCAAACCACAAGAAACUUGGUUACUCAAGAUCUGAAAGAAUGUUCAACAAAGUUAAAUGGAGGAUCUGAUGAAUUGAAUAUAGCUCAAUCUUGCAAUUAUUCGGCCACUGCAGUAAGAACUAGUCUGUCUGAACGCAAAGAUGUUAAAUCUUUAGAGAAAAAAUUUACUACUUCGACCAGCAUAAAGAUUAAGAGUAAAGAGGCUCAUAUCAUUCUAGAACACAAGCAGAGACACUCAGUGCUAAAGAUGAAAAAAUUUGGUAGCAAAAGGCUACCUAGAUUGGUUAUUAAAAGAUCAGUUGGAAGAAUUAAGAAGUUCUCCCAGUCAGAAGAAAAUAUAAAGAGUGUUUUAAACAUGCUUUCUGAUGAAGCCACGUCAUGUAAGAGUAAGCGUAUUUCCAAAAAAUUAGACAGAGCUAUACUGCACUUAAGGAAAGCUCACAAGAGAGUUCAGAAGUCUUUACAGCUUGUCCAAAGGCGAAAUUUAACAAAGCCUCCCAUUAUAAUAGCAGCAAGCAAUACUAAACCCUGUACGAAUGAAGACAUUGCAGUAUAUGAUGUUCCAGAAAGUCAUAUUAAAGCAAUGCAGGUUGACCUGGAAGUCCAAAAGAUAGCUAACCAGGCGGGUGAUAUUAGUUCUGAAAUCAAACCAAAGAAACCAACUCUAGAUGAUAGACAUUGCUUAAAAGUAUCAACACAAACGAAAAAUGGAAUAUCAAAUCAGAAUCCUCAACAAUCUAAAACCUCUACCCUUACAUCGUCAACAUCAUCUACUCCAAUUAUGAAAUGUUUGGCAUCUAGCUAUAAUGCAAACAAAAGUUCCCCAGAAUUACCGGAGGACUCCACUCACAUUUUUGACUGCAGGCAAUCCAAUAAAGAAAAUACCUUAGCACAUUCUGUUUCUGAAGGGACAAAUGAAAACACACAGAGCAAGAUCUGUGUUCAGAAUGAUGAAACAUUGCUCAUACCAAAUAACACAACUGAUUUAUCGCAAAAUGACCCUUUGCCUGUAAGCAAAGUGACGACAUUAAAUUCAAAUGACGUGCUUGGCAAGGAUUUGCUUAAAACAGAAGAUGAAAAUAUAACUAAAAUGCAAUAUACACUUCCUAAAGUGAAAUAUAAGUCAAGUUCACUAAUUAAACAAAUGUCUAGGCUUUUAAGAGAUGCAGAUAAAACUCAUUCCUUAGGAUCUUUGCAGCAAUACAAAUUAACGUGUAAGAAAAUGUUACCUAUAUUUGUAGAAGCUUUUGUGAAAGAUCAGAAAUGUUCAUUGUCUGAAGUUAUUGUUGACCGCAAAUUAUUGGCUAACAGGAACAUAGAAGUUUCUUUCAAGCAUGUCCUGCGACCCUGUGCUAUAGAGUCGUUUAUUGAAAUGCAAAUGAUGAUGGAAACCACACAGUUUAUUGAAAAUCGUAUGCAUUAUUUACAGAGAGAGCCAACAUUUAGAAGUCUACUUUGGUAUGAUAGUUCACUUUAUACUGAGCUAAUUGCUGGAGAAUCUGGUUAUCAACAGCAGUCGCAUUUGUAUAGAACAUUUCAAGAAAAAUUGAAAUGUGGUGCAUUAGGCACAUUGCAGAGUCAUCACGACCAACUUUGUGAGGUCCUUCAGAGCAUACAUGAGAGUAAUAGCUCAUAUUAUGUUUUCCUGAAAUACAGAAGAGAAAUUGAGGAGUGUGAAGCAGUUCUGAACAAUUGCUCGGAUCAUUCAGAAUUUUCUCUUUCUGUUCCAUUAACGUGUGGAGUGCACAUUGGAGAUACAAUAGAUAAUUUGGAAAAACUUCAAAAAAGCACUUUAGAGCUCAUAAAGAACUUUGCUGUUCUCCCAAAGUGUGAUCCGGGAAAGCAAGAACACGCUUUAUGCCUCCUAGAAAUUAUCUCUGCAAAAAUUGAUUUCAUUAAGUCUUCAGAGUUUAUACCUAUGCAAUUAUCAAUUUUUGGUAUUGAGCACUUACUCUUUGAUGCAGCAAAAACAUGUGUUCUGAGUCAACAAUCUAGCUAUGCAGGACUAAAAAAAUCAUCCAGUGUUACAAAGGAGUUCAUGUUUACUGUAAAUCACUGUGCAUUAUCAAAAUUAUAUGAGAUUUAUGGUACACCAACUGAUGAAGUGCUAAUGGUCCAAGAAAGAGAUGAACUAGGUGUAGAGAAUACUCUGGACAAAGAUACUGUCUUUCAUCCUCCACACACAGUGCAUUAUGUUGGUAAAAUAAUUGACCAAGCUCGAUGUGCAGAACCUCAGGUACUAAAAGAGAUGAUACAAGACUGUAAGGAGCAUUUGGACACCCUCAUAAAAUAUUUUCAGAUUUUGCAAGAGUGUGAUGCCAAUCAGAUUAUAAUCACAAGACGUAAUCUUUUGAAGGUAGCAGAAAGACAUGAUCAGCUUACAAUUCUUUUGAAACCUGAAGCUGUUGAGACCUACAUUGAAGUUGGGAUGACAUUCGAAACUUUACAUUUCCUGAUUUCUUUAGUGUCGUCACAAAAAAAGCAAAAAAGGCAUAGGGGUUUGUUGUAUUAUGACAGCUUGCUUUUCUCUGACCUGCUCAACAGUCAGCACAGAAUAAUUUCUUACCUACAAGGAGACAUCAAAUGUAAAGCUCUAGAUGUCCUAGACCGCACGAUAUCGGAGAUUAAAUCAGAGCUGGAAAUAAUCUGUGACUUUUCAGAUUCUGUCAAUUAUACAUAUGCUCUUCAAAUAAUGACGAGAGAACUUUCAGAGUUAUCGGAGUUGAAAAACUUUGUUCUGGAGACCGAGUCCGAAAUUAGUACUUACGUUCACUUUUCUCCGUUUGUUGCCUCGAUACAUUAUGGAAAUACUUCCUCUGAGCUGGAUUACAAUUACAACCAGUUUUCUGACUUGCUUGGCCUUCUAAUGUCUGCUCCUAAGAAAGAUUUAGGGAAAAUGGCUCACACAAUGAAAGUAAUGAAAACAAUUGAGAUAAUGAAAGAUGCAUUUCUGAAACCUGACAAUACAGCGUUUGACUUAAUCAUUUGCCAGAUGGAAACAGGAAGUUGCAGUAAGGAUGUUGAAACGCAAGAUAAAGAAAAGACCAAAAUAAACAAAAUGGAUUUCAGCCUGUCUCCUAGAAAAAGAGAAAUUAGUCUCUCAUCUUUAAGCAAAAAUAAUCAAGAACUUAACCUAAGCCUGAAAAAGCAAAAGGUUUUGGAGUCCUCAACAAGCAGUUCUGAAACAGAAGAAGAAAAAGCACCGACAAUCAGCACCAGGAAGGAAGAGUAUGGUGUGGAAAGCCAGAAAAUCACAAACAACCAAAAUAAUUCACCAGAUUCCAAAGAAAGUGAUAAUAUGGAUCUUGAUAAUUCGAUUCAAGAAGGCCAAGAGAUGGAAGAAGAUGCAUUUUAUCCACAGCAAAUUCAACAUGGCAGUUGUGAUGAUUGGAGAAGUCAGGCCUUGGUGCCAAUGAGCGGAUCAAAUAACCAGCUUUCAACUAAUUCCUAUCCUUGGUAUUAUUCUCUGUACUUCUGGUGUCAGAAUGGCGGUAACGCAAGUGUAAUGACACAGUCUUAUCAAAGAUCUUACAAUAUGCAACAGAACAUUCCAUAUGGUGCACCUCCAUCGUUCUCUAUGCAGAAUUCUUAUGCUGCAAAUCAGUCUUAUUCCAAUUUUGCUAACCAGAUCCAGUCUUCCAUGAUUCCAACAUCUGUCCCAUUCAGUGGAGGAAUGACCUACGCUUACAAUGCUCUGCCCUCCCAGUUUUCCUAUAAUCCUUCAACAAGGGGGGCAUGGUCAUGGGGUCAUUGAUCGUGUCAAGAGGAGGGGAGCAACUUCAAAAAUAGAUUCCUGGCAAAUUCGGAAAAAAAACGUGCAAACAUGAAUCCUGAAAGUACAAAACC